UAACAGCGGCAAGCUGCUGCUGAACGAGAUUGACAUGAGGUUAACUUUAACACGAAACCCCGACAGCGUCGUGUGCAUGGUGAGCAAAAGUGACAUAGCGCCUAAAAUUGUGAUCGACGACGCUGUUCUCUAUGUGAGAAAAGUAAAUGUAAGCCCCACCAUCAUGCUGGCACACGCGAAAAUGCUGCAAAAUGUUACGGCCAAAUAUAAUUACACGCGUGUAGAAAUGAACACUUGGACUAUACCAGCUGGAGUCACUCAUCACACGCUCGAGAACUUAUUUCUCGGACGCGUGCCCACAAGGAUAAUUUUUGGUCUUGUUAAAAAUUCCGCAGUUUCGGGGAACUACAUGGAAAACUGCUUUGAUUUCCAGAACUACUCGGUGUCGCAGCUCACCCUAUCCAUAAACGGAAAAAUUGUAAACUCCUCGCCGUACUCGCUGAACUUCGCAGGAAAUGAAAACUACCUUGUCCCAUUCAUGUUCUCUUUCAUUUCGACUGGUAAUUUUCUGGCGGACGAUGGCUAUUGCGUGAAUAGGCAGGACUAUAAAGACGGCUACUGCCUGUACGCCUAUGACCUCUCGCCAAACGAAAGUGCCAGUUUCGAUUACUGCUCGCCGCCGCAGCAAGGGAACGUACGGCUUGAACUAACAUUUAAAAUCCCGCUGGCGCACGUCGUUAAUGUCGUUUGUCAUGCCGAGUACCCUGAAACGCUGGAGAUAGACCGAAACAGAGAGGUGAUGAUCCAAUAUAAGAAAUAGCUAUUCGUACGGUAGCGUCAUAAGGGAAGAUGGCUCUGAUCGUAGAGGUUCAGGGCUUCUGCUGCUCGUCGUUUCUGCCAAAAGAAGUUUUUUUGCUGGCGGAUGACUUGUCCAGAAAAUAUUUGAUAAAGCCCGGGAUGGAUUUCAGUUCGCUGAGCGACAAAGAGAAAAAAACGAUCGCGUGGAAUUCGCGUUAUUAUCACAAAAUACCGUGGCACAUGGGCAACUGCACAAUGACCGACUUCAUCUUGAGUAUAAAUAUGAUUGCACCCGGCUACAAAUACAUUGUUACAAAGGGCAGCACCAAAGCAGCUUAUCUGAGCGAGAUACUAAGCAGGCGCGUUCACGAUCUUUCUUUCUACGGCUGCCCCAGUGUGCGCGGAGCCACGGCCGCUUGCAAAUUACAUUUUUCAUCAGACGCGCGCUGCGCCGAGUCGAGUGCGAGAGUCAUAAAAAAAUUUCUAGAUGGACACGGUGAUGUUGAAAAGCUGCUUGGCGGGUCUUCAGGAGAGAGCGAAAAGUAAUACGCACGUUGGCGUGUACGCCGCGGAUAUGCUUCCUCGCAGAAAACUCAAGCGCCCCGCAGCGAUCGUAGUUAACACGGCCCCAUCGAGAGAAACCACCGGUCAUUGGAUCUCGAUUUAUCUCCCCGUGCGCGGAAAAAUAAUAUUUUUCGACUCGUACGGGAUGGGACCGCACGUUCCAACACACGAGAAAUUUUUGAAGAGGCAAGGAAAAUUCACGUACAACAAAAAAUGUUACCAGUCGGUAAAUUCCGUUGUGUGUGGUGGGUACGCUUUACUUUUCCUCGCUUCAAAAAUGGGGGUCAUAAAGUCGUUUAAGAAUAGCAUGACGGAGAACAAGCAGCAAAACGACGACUUUAUCGCACUUGCCUGUGGAAAUCUAAUGAAUCGUUUGGGGGUGGAACUCUAAGUCCUCCAAUCUAACCACCAGAUGGCGGUCCAAAGGUAUAAAUGUUCUCGCGGUGGACGGGUCUAAGUAGCAAGGCUCCAGUCACGCGACAAGUAUCAUCACCGGUCUCGCCAACAAGCAGCCAUAUGGACAGGAAAUUUCUGUUUAAUCGCGGUGAUAAGCCGUACGCAAGGCCGCUGGAGGAGACUGUUCUGGACAAGAAGAAGAAAAUCACUUAUGAUCCGGUGGACAGAUGCCAUGAGGUUCUCCGCAGGAUUUACCCCAUCAACAAGAGCGGCGGCAAGCAGAUCAUCAUUGGUUGCGAUCCUCUUGAAGACUACAACCCCGUCAUUCUACUUAAAAAACCAGGAACCCGCGGUGUGAAGCUGCAGCACGAAGCUUCUGUGAGGUUCAUCGACUGCUUUGAGAAAUUCACCGAGUUUUUCAAAGCAGACGCGGAUCCUCAGAACAAGAUUUUGCGCCUGACGGACAGCGCCACUGUUGAAUUUGGCUAUCACUACAACAAAAAGGCGAUUUUCGUCCGCGUUGACGGAUCCGAGCCGAACGGGCAGCUCUUAAUCAUGAACUGCUACACUUGGCAAUUCAUGCGGACCAUCAUGCCGCUGAUUGUUCACACGUUCGGCCUGCUGAGCAAGUACUCCGCUGAGCUGAAAAAGAUGAGCGAUGUCAUGAAGGUGCACUUGGCAACACACUUCAAGCUCAGCGACCCGCAGGAAGUAGGACGAGCCGAGCAAUACCUCUCCGAGAUGAAGACAGACGACAUCAACUUCGAACCUGACGAGAAGGGAGAGGCGCUGUCCACCCUGGACUACUACGCCUGCUUCUGUGAGAUCAAGCGUUUCUGUAUUCAUUCUUUGACAUCUCAAUAA